AUGUUUGCCCUUAAAACACUUGCCAAUUUAUGUACUACUCAAUCAAUUGUUCAGCAAUCAUUACGUGGAGCAAAAGUAUUUAAACCAAAUUUACGUUUAGCAAAACAUCGUACAAUAAAAGUACAAGAUGGUCAAUGGGUUGAAAAAGAUACAGUUCUUACUUUACAGAACAAUUUAGUUUUAUAUCCUGGUGAAAAUGCAUCCGUUGCAUAUGAUUAUACAAUUCGAUCAAUGGUACCUGGUUUCGUUGUAAUCACAACUGAAUCAGUAAAACCACAUCCACAUAGUCCACUAUAUCGUUAUGUUAAUAGUGGAAAUGAUGUUAAACGAAAUUUUAUUCACGUUUUACCACCACGACGUGAAGGAUCAUUUCGUCUAGUUGAUCAAUUGUAG